AUGGUAGCUCCAACCCAAAUUCUGCGGAGCGCUACCAAUCCUGCGCCAAAAUCAUGGUCCAGCUCCCUUAAGCUGCCCAAGUCUGCCUUUCCCCCUCGCCCGGCACCUUCGACCGACUACCUGCGCCAGGUCACCGACGAUCUCUACGCAUGGCAGCAGUCGCCAGAGCGCCAGACCAAAUCGACCUUUGUCCUCCACGACGGCCCGCCAUACGCCAAUGGCAACCUGCACAUUGGUCAUGCUCUGAAUAAGAUUUUAAAGGAUCUCAUCUGCCGCUUCCAUGUCGGCCAGGGCAAGAAAGUCGACUACAUUCCUGGCUGGGAUUGCCAUGGCUUGCCCAUUGAGCUCAAGGCGCUCCAGUCGCUGACAGAUGCGAAGCGCGAACGUUUGGGCCCGGUGGGCGUGCGCGCCGCCGCCCGCCACCUUGCCGAGAAGACAGUUGAGCAACAAAUGGAAGGGUUCCGCAAGUGGGCCAUCAUGGGCGACUGGAACAAUGCUUACCGGACAAUGGAAAAAGGCUUUGAAAUGAGACAGUUGGGUAUCUUCAAGGCGAUGGUCGAGAAGGGACUCAUCUAUCGUCAGUACAAACCCGUAUAUUGGUCUCCAUCUUCAGGCACCGCUCUUGCAGAGGCAGAACUCGAAUACGACGAUAAUCAUCGUUCUCAGACCGCCUACGUCAGUUUUCCGAUCGUCAAGGUUCCUGAGUCCUUGGCUGGCCGUGUUGACAUGGGCAAUUUUGGAGCUCUGAUUUGGACCACGACUCCUUGGACUCUGCCGGCUAACAACGUCAUUGGUGUACAUUCGACCCUGGAAUAUUCUGUUGUAAAGAUGUCACGUCCCACGGCAACUGGCAAUCGCCCCAGUCAGUUUCUCGUUGCAAAGUCUCGUAUUGAAGCUCUCCAAAACAUUCUGAAAACGGAAUUUCAGGUCCUGGUUGAUAGUAUCUCCGGAGCUGAACUGGCUGGUCAGAUUGAGUAUACGAAUCCGCUCGAUCCUGAACAGGUAACUCCGCAGCAGAUUGUGCAUGCCGAUUUCGUUUCAGCUGCUUCUGGUUCCGGUCUUGUCCACAUGGCUGCUGGUCACGGUAUGGAUGACUAUAACGUUUGUAGAAGUCUUGGUAUUCCUGCAUUUGCUCCUGUCGAUGACAAGGGAUGCUUUACUCAAGAAGCGCUACCCGGUCAAGCUUACCGUAUUGCCGGCCUACCCGUCCAGGGCGAGGGGUCGAAAGCCAUCCUCGAUCUACUGAAGAACAUGCCUCGGGAUCCUCUUAUCGCUGUGCAAGACAUAACCCACAAAUAUCCAAUCGACUGGCGGACUAAGAAGCCCGUCAUUGUCCGAGCCACAGAACAAUGGUUUGCCGAUGUCGAAGAGAUCAAAACUGGCGCUCUUGACUCGCUGGAAGCUGUGAAGUUUUGGCCACAGUCUGCUAAAGCUCGACUGGAAAGCUUCAUUCGCGGCCGUAGCCAGUGGUGUGUUUCGCGCCAGCGUGCAUGGGGCGUGCCUAUACCCGCUUUGUACAACAAGGAUAACGGCGAGGCCCAUAUGACAGUGGGAAGCAUUGAGCACAUUAUGGGCGUUAUUGAGCAACGCGGCAUCGACGCUUGGUGGACCGACCCUGAAGACGACCCGGCAUGGGUCCCUGCUGGCUUGGAGGGCUCUUUCAUUCGAGGAAGGGAUACCAUGGAUGUGUGGUUUGACAGUGGAACCUCAUGGACUCUGCUGGAUGCUAAGCCGGGUAGACCUGUUGCGGAUGUUUAUCUCGAAGGAACCGACCAACAUCGGGGUUGGUUUCAAUCUUCGCUUUUGACUUACAUCGCGCACCAAGCUAUCAAAGCAAACAAGGGACACAUUUCCCAGGACACAAAAUUCGCAGCACCGUUCAAGGCUCUGAUUACGCAUGGUUUCACACUUGAUCAAGACGGCCGCAAAAUGAGCAAAUCUCUCGGCAAUACCGUAUCUCCUGAACAGAUCAUGGAUGGCUCGCUUCUGCCACCUCUGAAGCUCAAGAAGAAGCAGAAGAAAGAAGGCGCUAGCGCAAACACCGACGGCAAUCCUACAUACGAUGCUAUGGGUCCAGAUGCGCUCCGUCUAUGGGUUGCCAGUAGUGAUUACACCAAAGACGUUGUUAUUGGGCAACCGAUCCUGCUCGCUGUCAAUCAGGGCCUGCACAAAUACCGGGUAACUUUCAAGUGGCUCUUGGGAGUCCUUGCAGAUUUUGACCCUUCUGCUCCUGUAUCGGAAUCGAUCAAGACAAAUGAUCACGCACUCAUUGACACUAUCGCCUUGCACCAACUGAGCCGGACUGCGCACGCUGUCCAUGCUGCUUACGGCUCAUACGAAUUCUCCCGGGGCGUUGGAGCGCUGAGCAAGUACACGACGCAAUCGUUAUCCGCUUUCUACUUCGAGACGCUGAAGGACCGUCUCUACGCCGGUACUCCUGCUGACAGGUAUUCUGCGCAGCAAGUUUUGCACAAGAUCUUCAACGAGCUACUUGACAUGCUUGCGCCAGUGACCCCACUACUAGUCGAAGAGGUUUGGAGCUUCACGCCUGACCAGAUCAAGAAUGGCGUCGAGAAGCCUGGUCGCCGGACCUGGACGCCCUUCCUGACCGAAACAUACGCCAACAACACGGCCGCCGAACGCAUGGACUCGGUCGUGGCCUGCCUAACAGCCGCCCACAGCGCCGUCAAGUCGGCACAGGAAGCAUCGCGCGAGCAGAAACUCAUCGGUUCAGGUCUCGAGUGCGAAGUUGUAUUCCGCCUGCCCGUCGACACACCGAACCAAGUCAAGGCGCUGUUCCUGGCUCCGGAGAUGGAGGAACAGUUGGCGGAGAUCUUUGUCGUGUCGGGCGUCGAGGUGGUUGUGGGCGACGAGGAACCUAGCCCACCGAAGGAGCUGCCGUCUCAUGCCGUCAAAUGGGCAUCGAGUGAGAAGUUCGACGUUGGUGCGGACGAGGGCAGCGAGGCAAAAGCGACUGUGCGCCCAGCGCACGGGGAGAAGUGCCCGAGAUGUUGGCGCUAUGUGGCGCCGACUCCGGAAGAGCUGUGCCAUCGUUGCAAGGCUGUUGUGCCUGAAGCGUAG